GAGAAGAAACGAAACAUUGGGAGAUGAGCGAAGGAUUGAAGAGAGUCUACCAGGUUUGCGAAGAGAUCGGUCAGGGAAGAUUCGGUACCGUUUUCCGGUGCUUCUUUCCUGCAACCGGCGAGUUCUUCGCCUUGAAAUCUAUCGACAAGCGUCUCCUCACUGACUCCGUUGAUCGAGAAUGCGUCGAGAAAGAAUCCAAGAUCAUGCAACUUCUCAGCGGAAACCCUAACAUUGUUGAAAUCGUCGAUGUUUACGAAGAUGAAGCUUAUCUUGACAUCGUUAUGGAGCUCUGCGAUUCUUCCGACUUCUACGAUCGUAUCUCCAACCGUAUUUUCUCUGACGUCGAAGCUGCUGCUAUUAUGGUGCCUUUAAUGGAGGCAAUCGCUCAUUGUCACCGGAGAGGUGUUGCUCAUCGUGACAUUAAGCCUGAUAACAUACUCUUUGACAGUCGGAACCGGUUGAAGCUGGCUGAUUUUGGAUCUGCUGAGAUCUUUCACGACGGAUUACCUAUGAGGGGGAUAGUUGGGACGCCUUACUAUGUUGCGCCUGAGGUGCUUUCUGGGAGGGAUUACAGUGAGAAGGUGGACAUUUGGAGUGCGGGUGUUAUUUUGUACAUACUGUUGGCCGGAAUCCCACCUUUUUAUGGUGAUUCUGCGGCUGAGAUCUUUGAGGCGGUGCUUCGUGGCAAUCUCCGCUUUCCGACUCGGAUCUUUUACUCCGUUUCCCCGGCGGCAAAGGAUCUUCUGCGGAAGAUGCUUUCAAAGGACGUCUCCAAGAGAUUCUCGGCCGAGCAAGUACUCGGGCAUCCAUGGAUCACAAGCAGAGGAGAAGCUACUCGAUGAUGGCUUAUCUGAAUUGAGACAGUAGAAGAAAGCAAAGCGUAGUGUACUGCCACCAUCACUAAUACUACUACU